AUUCAAAAAAGAUCUCAUUGUCGUUUGGACGACCUGAAGAAAAACCAAAAUGCAUCUCCUGCUGCUUUCAGCUUUCAUUUGUUCGUUUUUUAAAAUCAAUGAGGGUGCAGAUUGGUGCUACCAGUCCCAGGACCCCUGUGCAUCCCACUGUAAAGGUCCGGACCUUUGGAAGGACACUGAAAAUGCAGCUAGCUGUGCAGGGACAUCACAGUCGCCCAUUAACAUUGUGACAAAGAGAACACGGCUGGAUGAACGCCUUACCCCUUUUAAGUUCAGAGGCUAUGAGACUGUCUUUCAUAGCCUCAUUGAAAAUAACGGACAUACUGUUAAAGUGGAUGUGUCCACCGAUGCUACAAUCAGCGGAGGAAACCUGACGUCAGUGUACAAGGCUGUCCAGUUCCACCUGCACUGGGGCGAGAAGGGAGGGCCCGGAUCUGAACACACUGUGGAUGGGGAGCAGUACCCUAUGGAGCUGCAUAUUGUUCACAUGAAACAAAAGUACUCAUCUUUGGGUGAAGCGCUGAAAGACAAAACUGGUGUAGCAGUCCUUGGAUUUUUCUAUGAGAAGUCCAGUGAAAACAAAAACUAUGAACCCAUCAUCAAUGCCCUGAAAGAAGUCAAACAAGCAAGCACCAAUAAGUCCGUCGACAACCUGUUUCUGAAUGCACUCAUUCCUCCACCAACGAGCCUGACCAACUACUUUCGCUACCAGGGCUCCCUGACUACCCCUGGCUGCACGGAGUCGGUCAUCUGGACUGUGUUUGAACAUCCAAUUCUUCUCAGCAGAGACCAGCUUGAGGCCUUCUCUGAUCUGAAGUUCAAAAACGGGAAGUCCAUGGUGGGCACAUUCAGGCCGGUGCAGCCCCUGAACGGUCGCCUGGUGUACCGAUCUUCGGGCAACACGCUCCUGGCCAGCGUCAUGCUCCUGACCGUGUCGAUUUCGGCAGCCAUUGGACUUUCCCGGCCCAACUAGACGGGCGAGGCCGACCAUCGGCGGAUGGAUCAACGCACACUAACGCAAGCUCUUGUCAAACUGACCAGCUCUCCUCACGUCACGACUCCGCGGAAAUCGCUCGUUCUCAGCACGGAGUGGUUCAUGAAGCAUCAGACCCCUCGGUGCACAAUAAAAACUUGAAUGUCCAUCCGCUUCUCAGCAUGGCAUGCACUGAUACAUUCCUAAAACAUGCGUUCAUAAACAUACUACUGAUGUCACUGUGCACUGUCCUAUCCGAUCCAGCUUUUUUUUUUUGGCUUAACCAAGUUUUUUGACUGAACAAAAGCCAGCUGUCACAAGGCCCGGUAUGAACUGACAGUAUUAAAUGACAAGAUCUGACACUGUAGAUUAGCUUGUCACAAACAAUAGAAACACUCAGUAAAACUUAAAGUAACAAAGCCCAGGCAAUCCCUGCCAUUUCUUGUGUGUGCAUCGGGUUUCUCUUUUCUCCCUGCCGAAAAAAAAACGCCUUUUAUGUUUCUUCCUCCUCAGAAUUGCACUGCAGAAAGAGCCACAGAAGAUGAACACUACAUUGUUCUGAGUUUACAGCCUUCAAUGCUCUGCACACUUCCUCCCUGUUGACAGGAUUUAGCCCGUGUCACAGAUGAGCCGACACGGCAGGGUGUUGAGAAUGCGACCCGGGCACAUGAUGAAACAGGGAGGGUGGGGCACACAGGAAGGGUGGGAUGGAAAGGCACACGUCUGCCUUAAAAUAAACCAAUGCUAGUCUGUGUCAGAAGCCAAAUGCAACCCCGCCCCUUAAAAAAAAACCCAUCUGUAAUGGCAAGCAUAUAACCACUUUCACUGUCUUAGGACAGGCCCCUGAACUUCUGAAGUGUCACAGUCAAUGUGAAACACAGAACUCGUGCAGGCAGCCUGAAUAAUCGACAGCAAAUUGACGAUGUUUCUCUCUUCCAGACUAAUCCCAGAAGGUUCAUGAAGUGGUCUCGUAGCCUCUUGUAGGGAUGCAAUAGUAUUGAUUCUCAAAUAUGUUUUCUCUGGUCAAUUUCCAAAUAUCCAUUUGUCCCAGAAGGGGAAUUUUUAAUCUACAUUUUAUCUACAUCAGGAAAAAAAGAAUGCAUACCCUUUCUUUUGAGACUGGGACUAUACCUGUGCAUUUAUUAAAUAUGGGAUUGGUGCAUUUAUUAAAUAUGGGAUGUGUGCAUUUUCCAUGUUUUGUAAUACUGUUAUUUUCCCCCCCAAAUUGUGUAAUUUGUACACAUGUAUUUAUGUAUGCGUGUAUUAAUAUAAAGGGGCACUAUUUUGUUAUUUAUAUACACUCAGUGGUCAUUUUAUUAGGUAGACCUGUACACCAGCUUGUUAAUGCAUAUAUUUAAUCAUCAUGUGGCAGCAACUAAAUGCAUAAACGCAUGCAGAUGUCAAGAGAUUCAGCUGUCAGACCAAAUGUCAGAAUGGGGAAGGAAUGUGAUCACUUUGACCGUGGAAUGAUUGUUGGUGGCAGACAGGGUGGUUUGAGUAUCUCAGAAACUGGUGAUCUCCUGGGAUUUUCACGCACAACAGUCUAGAGUUUGUGCGAAAAACAAGAAACCGUCAAUUCUGCUUGCAGAAACAAUGUUAAUGAGAGAGGUCAGAAGAGAAGGGCCAGACUGGCCAAAGCUGACAAGAAGGUGACAGUAACGCAAAUAACCACACAUUACAACAGUGUUAUGCAGCAGAGCAUCACUGAACACACAACCUAUCAAACCUCUAUGUAGAUAGGCUACAGCAGCAGAAGACUUAAUAGGUCUAAUAAAUAACUAAUAAAUUGCUCACUGAGUGUACAUUUCCAACUUGGUUAGAUUUGAUUCAGUGUUUUAUUUGUUUGAAAAAUCAGCCAGCCGAAACGGAAUGUGGAAAAUGUAAUCUUGAUGCCAUUUGUCAGAUGCUGAUCUCACUGUGAAAUUGCUCCUUGUCCUGUAAGCAGUUGUGAUAAUGCUUGUAUAAAAAGUGCAUACAGAGCAAUGAUUAUUUUGCUUGAGAAUUUAGUACUAGUGAUGCUAAGUAAAUAAUGUUCAAAUAUAAGAAGAAACUACUUAAGUUUCCUGUUUUGAUUGAAAACCUUUCCUAGUCUUGUAUUUCCACUGAAGUUCAAGAGUUUUAGUUUAGAUAUGUCUGUUGUCUGAUGGUUUACUCUUUUUUAAGUGAAUCGUACAUCUGGCUUUCUGGGUUUGUUUCUUCAUUAUAAUAUAAGUAAUGUAAUGACAAGGAGGAAUUUCCCAAAGAGUUUGAGUUUUCAAGGCAUGAAACAGCUUGAAAUAAAUACAGUCCCUGGAAAUUUGUCAUAA